GCCUGAGAAGGGCUGGGGAAUGUCAGGGCAUAAACAAGCCAGAAAAGCGCUCUGGAGGAAAAGGGAGGCUCCUCUGCAUUUCCCUUUCCCGCAGGCCUGCCCUGGUUUUUCGUGAUGUCAUCCAUUCAUCAUUGUGAUCUGGUUGGCGGUCCCAGGCUUGGCCAGCUGCCCAAGGCCAGGAGGGAAGAGAGAGAUCCCAGGACAAACGUGCAGUGGGCCCCUGAACUUGUGCGGAAAUGUCAUCAAUUCCACAGAGAAAGAAGAAGACAGUAAAAGUCACAAGAUCCUAUCCAACCUUCCCUACCCUGAACGCCUGGGAAGAAUUCAGGGGCCUCUUGCCUGUGGAUGGGGAGCCAAACCCUGGAGUGGGCCUGGGUGUGGAGGAGGGACUGCUCUGCCAGAUGGUUCAUUCUCCGGAAUUCAACCUGUUUCCUGACUCAGUGGUGUUUGAAAGCAAUUUUGUCCAGGUCAAAAAGGACAGGAAGUGGAUAAACAUCUACAAAGCCUCCAACACCAUGGCCCUCGGGGUCACCUCCUCCGUGCCCUGCCUGCCCCUUCCCAACAUCCUCCUCAUGGCCAGCGUCAAGUGGCACCAGGGUCAGAGCCAGACGUGGAACAGACCAUCCACAGCCCCACACAUCAUCCUGAAGAGGAUUCUCCCACUGAAGUUGGUGGAGCUCCAGAUCUGUGACCACCUUCAACGCAUCCUGCGGUUGAGGACAGUCACUGAGAAGAUCUACUACCUAAGGCUCCACCCUGACCAUCCUGGGACUGUCUUCCGCUUCUGGAUCCGACUGGUUCAAAUUCUGCAGAAUGGCCUGUCCAUCACCACCAAAGACCCUAGGAUUCUUGUCACUCACUGUCUGGUACCCAAGAACAGCUACAGCCCCUCAGGAGAUUCUAAGUUAGUACAGAAGAAACUCCAGGCCUCCCAGCCCAGUGAGAGCCUCAUGCAGCUGAUGGCCAAGGGGGAGAGUGAGGCCCUCUCUCAGAUUUUUGCCGACUUGCACCAGCACAACCAGUUCAGUUCCAGGAGCAGCAAAAAGACAGACACCAAAAAGGACAGCUCAGAGAAAGAUACUCCCGGUGAAGACUGCAUCCCUUGCACCCGUGACCUCAGUUGGAGGGAUUCGCUCACCUAUGGAGAGUGGGAAAGAGAGAACCCCUCUGGGCCGCAGCCCCUCUCACUCCUCAGCACUCUGGCAGCCUCCACAAGGCCACAGCUGACCCCACUCAUAGGAAAUUCUAUCUGAACCACCCUUUCACACUGGAGAGAAUCUACGCAGCCCUCACCAAAGCCACUCUGCAGCAUUCAUCUUUCUGAGGGGCUCUGUCUGGAUGGAGGGGAGGAGAAAGCUGCAACUACAGGAAAAUAGAACCAUCUCACGCUGAUAGCAUAGCCUUUCCUUGGAGAACGAUUUGGGAGCAUGGCUCCCGGACGAGAAGCAUUAUUCCAGCAUUAUUCCAGCACGUAACUUCAUGUCCUCACCACCACACCUCACCUCCGUUCCACCACCAGACGGGCACAGGAGGACAUGCUCUCAGGAUGCCCAGGACCAAGAGAUGGAGAGAAGGAAGGAAAGGGAAACAGGACCAGAGGAGAAGUGGAAAAGAACAAAAUGGAAGUGAAGAGGAAGGUGGAGGGAGGAAGUCAGAGAAGAGGGGAGAUACGGAGAGGUGGUAACAGAAAGAAAUAGAAGAGAGUUGGGAGAGAAGCUGAAGAGGACGAGAGAAGAAAUACACUGCUGAGAGAUGCCAAGCUUCUAUUUAUCUAAUUUAACUUGAAAGUAAGGCCAUAUACCAAAAAAGAAAUAUGUUUUCUUCUCUGCUCAGAUUACUCUGGACAAGUAUGAGGGGUCAGAAAUGAAUUCCAGCCAUGGGAUUCUCCUUAAAUUUCCCUUUCUACCAGUUUUUCUUGUUAGUGCCUCUUUUCUGAUUCAAGCUUUGGCCUUCUUCCUUAGCCCAUUCCCUAUCUGAGACUUGCUAGCCUGGCCCUGGUGUUCCAAAUGGAGGUUUGGGGUUGAGGCUGCAGAAACGUUCCUGCAGGAGGUGGUAAGACAAGGUGUGUGAGGAAGGGAAAUUUCUCUUUUGUAUUCAAACUUUCCAAGUCUGCUAAUAUCUCAGCCCUACAAACACUGGCUCAAUUUCUUUUGCAUAUGACACCCCCUUGAAAUGUCAACAUA